AUGGGUGUAUGCGAGCAAUACAAGACUGCUGGCCAAGAUCAGCUAUUUGAACAUUUUGAAUCGUUAGAGAAGAAUGAACAGCAAACGCUUCUUGAUAACUUGGAAAAGGUAGCUAACCGUGUUAGUCCUGAGAAGCUUGUUAGUGAUUGUAAGAAGGCCAUCCAAUUGGCAGAGGAGAACUCUAAGGCUGGAUCACAUAUUCAACCACUGCCAUCCAGUUCUUAUGAAUCUAUCAUCGACAAUCGAGAAGCUGAGACCAGAUAUUUUAAUAAAGGUGUAGAAUCACUAGAAAGAAGUGAAGUUGGAGUGAUUUUACUGGCUGGUGGCCAAGGUACGAGACUAGGUUCUUCUGCACCUAAGGGUUGUUAUGACAUUGGCUUGCCAUCCGGUAAAUCUUUGUUUCAAAUACAGGCUGAAAGAAUAUAUCGCUUACAGAAACUAGUUGGCAAGAAUUGUAAGAUCCCAUGGUAUAUUAUGACAUCCGAACCUACAAGGAAUGCCACGGAGCAAUUCUUCAAAGAGAAUAAUUAUUUUGGCUUGAAUCACGGUGAUAUUACUUUCUUUAAUCAAGGUACUUUACCUGCAUUUGACCUCAAGGGAGAAAAAUUGCUACUAGGAUCCCCAACUUCUUUGGUACAAUCUCCAGACGGUAACGGUGGUCUUUAUAGAGCAAUUAAGGAAAAUAAUCUGGUCGACGAUUUUAAUAAAAGAGGUAUUAAGCACUUGUACAUGUACUGUGUUGAUAAUGUACUAUCUCUUGCUGCAGACCCAACUUUUAUCGGCUAUGCCAUUGAACACAAGUUUGAACUUGCCACCAAGGCUGUCAGGAAGAGAGAUGCGCACGAAUCUGUUGGUCUUAUUGCUACGAAAGACAAACGCCCUUGUGUCAUCGAAUAUUCUGAAAUAUCCAAAGAACUGGCUGAAGCUACUGACAAUCAAGGUCUUUUGAAAUUACGGGCAGCUAACAUUGUUAACCACUACUAUUCUGUUAAUCUACUUGAAAGAGAGCUAGAUAACUGGUGUGACAACAUGAGCUACCACAUUGCGAAGAAGAAGAUUCCUAUAUACAACAAUAAAACAGGUGAAUUUGAAAAACCUGAAACACCAAAUGGUAUUAAACUAGAACAAUUCAUUUUCGAUGUUUUCCCAACAAUCCCAAUGGAGAAAUUUGGCUGCUUGGAAGUGCAAAGAAGUAAGGAGUUCUCACCAUUGAAAAACGGACCUGGUUCAGCAAAUGAUAACCCAGAAACAAGCCGCACAGCAUAUUUAAAAUUAGGGACCUCGUGGUUGAGAAGCGCUGGAGCAGUUAUUGACGAUAAUAUUCUGGUAGAAGUAUCAAGUGCUACAACAUACAAAGGAGAAAACUUGUCUCAAUUUAAGGGCUACAAGUUUGACAAGAACAACUCCUAUGUUGAAUAA